AAGUGGCCUAACUAUAAAGGUCUUUGCUGUCAUAUUGAAAUGCCAGUUUAAGACAUUUAACCACCUCAAACUGCAGGUUUGGUGAAAACAUAUACAUAGAUCAUAAGAAUGUCCAAACUGUACCUCAUUGCCGCGGUAGUGGCACUUUUAAACGUUCACACGCUCGCCGCCCCCUUCGAAGAACUCAAUGAAAUAACCGGUAAAGCAGUUGCUUCCGAUGGCGAAGACUAUCGCUUACCAUUUACGAUUCGUCCAUGGAAUUACACACUGAAGUUGACGCCAUACCUGCAGGAAAGCGAUGGCAGCAAACGAUUCACAUUUGAUGGUGAAGUUACAAUCCAAAUCAAUUCAACCGAAAAUACAAAUACACUCAUUUUACAUUCGAAAAACCUAAACUAUACAACACGCGAAUAUUGGUCUGAAACUAACCUCACUAAAAUUAAUUUGGGCGAGGGCACAUGGAAUAAUGUAACUGACAAAUUGCAAUAUACAUUGGCAACGCCCAUACAAGCCGGCAUAACGUAUAUUUUACAUUUUGUCUAUAAUGGCACCAUGGAUGAUGAUAUGCAUGGUUUCUACCGCAGCUCCUAUGUGGAUGCCAAUAAUAAUACCAAGUGGAUUGGUUCUACGCAAUUCCAAACGCACCAUGCGAGACGUGCCUUCCCCUCGUUCGACGAGCCGAAAUUCAAGGCCACCUUCGACGUGACAAUCCGUCGCCCUAAAACGUUUAAUUCUUUUGGCAAUACCCGUAUUUUACGAACAGACAAUUUUACUGAUUAUGAGGAAGACGUGUACGCACCAACGCCACGCAUGUCCACCUAUUUAUUGGCAUAUAUCGUUUCCGAAUUUAAGCAACGUAAAAACGACAAAUUCGGCGUAAUUGCUCGCGAAGAAUAUUAUGAUCAGACAGAAUACAGUUUUACUGUUGGUCAAGAAAUUUUAGAUAAAUUGAGUGACUACUUAGGCAUUGAUUAUUAUAGCAUGGGCAACGAUAAAAUGGACAUGGCUGCCAUUCCCGACUUUUCAGCCGGUGCCAUGGAAAACUGGGGUCUAUUGACCUACAGAGAACGCGCAUUACUUUACGACUCAAACUCCACAACGCUAAGUGCUCAGCAAUCUAUUGCCGCUGUCGUUGCUCACGAGCAGACCCAUAUGUGGUUCGGUGAUUUGGUGACAUGCGACUGGUGGAGCUAUACAUGGUUGAAUGAGGGCUUCGCACGCUACUUCCAAUACUUUGGCACACAUAUGGUUGAAACUCACAUGUCGCUGGAUCAACAAUUCUUAGUCGAUCAAUUACAAGUGGUAAUGAGCAUGGACUCUACCAAUAGCACCAACCCAAUGAGCGAUGAAAACACUCACACGCCUUCGGACUUGAGUCGCAUGUUCAACAGCAUUUCAUACAACAAGGGUGCGAGCAUUAUCCGCAUGGUUAAAUAUGCUAUAGGCGAAGAAAAUUUCAGAAAAUCGUUGCAAACUUACUUGGCGAAAUACAAAUACAAUAAUACCGUUCCUGCUUAUCUUCUCGAGGUUUGGCAAGACUAUUGGCCUGCUGAAACAAAACAGUAUUCAGAAGCCGUAUUCAACAGCUUCACCACUCAAGUGGGCUACCCGCUCAUCACUGUAAAGUUGUCUAGUGACAAGAGUUCUUUCCUCAUCAAUCAGACCCGUUUCCUGCUGAGAGAUCAGAGCACAUCAGACCCUAACUUACUAUACACCGUCCCAAUUUCAUAUACGACCAACAUAGAAAGCAACUUCGAAGACACAACGCCUAAAUUGUAUCUCCCUGCCGCGAAAUUAAAUGUAAAUGUGGAUCUGCCGAACAGCGUAGAUUGGCUCAUUGUUAACGUACAAGAGUCUGGCUACUAUCGCGUUAACUACGAUGAAACUACUUGGCAUGCCAUCCAUCAUGCCCUAACCUCUGCAAACUACAGUAAUAUCCACCAGCUGAAUCGUGCGCAAAUAGUCGAUGAUCUGCUGAAUUUGGCGCGUGCUCAUAUUAUCGAGUACGAAUUGGCACUUAACGUACUCGAGUACUUGGAGAGCGAAACUAAUUACCUGCCAUGGACUGCGGCCUUCAAUGCCUUCUCUUACAUCGGCAUUCGUUUGGGCAGCGACACUGAAAGCUUCGCUUCGUACAUUCUCGAACUCACCGCAAAAGCCUAUGAAGAGCUCGGUUUUGAGCCACGCAGUAAUGAUACUUCACUGGAUAUCUAUAAUCGUGCAAAAAUUCUCUCCUGGUCCUGCAAGUAUGGUCGUGAAGAUUGCAUUCAAAAGUCAAAAGAACAUUUUGCCAAAAUCAAUACGACAGCAGUGCCUGUGAACAUACGUUCAGCUGUGUACUGUAAUGCUCUGCGUUACGGUAAUGAAAGCGAUUACGAUACACUGUUCAACAAAUUUUUGACCAGCACGUCUGCAACUGAGCAAACGCUGAUCCUUAGCACACUGGGAUGUGUUACGGAUAGUAAACUCAUUGAGAAAUACUUCUGGGCCAUUGUAGGCGAUCAAAUUCGUCGUCAGGAUAAAUCGAGCGCACUAAGCAGCCUGUACACUGAAAACAAUGAAAAUGUGGAACCUGUCUAUAAACUGGUUACUGAAAACUAUGACGCACUUGCUGAAUCAUUGGGCAGCUAUUCCACAGUUGCUACAGUAAUUUCAAAUCUAGCCGCACGCUUUACCACUGAGAGCCAACUUCAGAAUUUGAAAGAGUUUAAUGAAAGGAACAAGUCCAAUUUUGGCAGUUCCCAGUCAACAUUGGUGGCGGCUGAGACUACGGCGGAGGAGAAUUUAGCGUGGGCCACGACUAGACUAACAAGCUUUAAGAACUAUUUGCUGAAACGCAAGAGCAACGGUGCGACUGCCAAUACUUUUGCUGUACUAACACUGGUUGUCUGUGCGGCUGUCGGUCGCUUCCUGCAGUAAAUUCAUCUUCGGUCGUUAAGUAGUAAUACAUAGGUAUAUUCCUAUAUAAAUAUAAAGGCUUUUGUAAUUUAGUAGGUUAAAAGCUUCUGAAAAUGUCAAUCUGUUUUCUCGUUGAUAGAUUUUGUAUGUAAAAAUGAUAAGUUGAAUAUGAAUUUGUGAGUAAGAAUUCAAGUCUGGAAUAAAAACGUAUAUUAAUUAAACAAUAUACUAUAUACAUACA